AUGUCAUCAGAAUAUAGUAGAACUCUUCCUCUGCAAGAACAAGAGGGGCUUUGUAUAGUGAAGGUAGAAGAUGAGGAGGAUAAUGCUUGGGAACAAGAAUCCUGCUUACAAGGAAAUAAUUCCCCCUCUCAGGAGAUCUUCCGUCAACGUUUUAGACAGUUUGCCUACCACUAUACCCCUGGGCCUCGUGAGGCUCUUAGUAGACUCCGGGAACUCUGCCGUCAAUGGCUGAGGCCAGAGAUGCACACAAAGGAACAAAUUUUAGAGCUAUUAGUUCUGGAACAGUUCCUGACUAUACUGCCUGAGGAACUUCAGACUUGGGUGCAGGAGCGUUGUCCAGGGAGUGGAGAAGAGGCAGUGAAUGUGCUGGAAGACUUAGAGAAAGAACUUGAUGAACCAGGCCAGCAGGUUCGGAACCAUGGACGUGAACUAGGAGUGGUCUGGAAGGAAAUGACACCCCUGAGAACAUCGAAGGAAUCACAGAAUAUGCAACCCAUUGAAACCCAGUUCAAGUGUGAAUCUAAGGAGUCUUAUCAACUACAAAAUGGUUAUCAGAGUGAGAAUAAGAAAAAGUGGCCAGCUCAUAAACAGAAAAUAUCUGAAGUAGAAUUACUGAGGGCAACAUCAGAAAUACCCAAAAAAUGCAGAACCCAAGGACUUGAUUACAAAAAUGUCUAUGAAUGUGAAGGCACCUUAGAAAAACAUCCUAGAAGUCCUAUAGGGGAAAGACUGAAUGGUUCUGAUUUGCAGGAGCAAGAUUUCAUGCAAGUGACAGUCACUCACAGCAUUAUCCCCUCAGUCAAAAGAGAUUUUGAACAGAAAGAGUGUGAAAAAAGCUGUAGUUUAGGCUCAACUCAUGUUAUACAUCAAAGAGAAAGGCUUCAAAGAUGUGAUACAUGUGACCAAACCUUCAAACAAAAUUCAGCCCUUAUUCAACAUCAGAGAAUUCACAAUGGAAGGAAAUUCUAUGAAUGUCAUGAAUGUGGAAAAGCCUUCAGGUGGAGCUCACACCUUGUUCAGCAUCAAAGGAUUCACACUGGAGAGAAACCUUAUGGAUGUAAUGAAUGUGGUAAAGCCUUCAGGGGUAGCUCAGAUCUUAUUCAGCAUCGGAGAAUUCAUACUGGAGAGAAACCUUAUGAAUGUAAUGAAUGUGGGAAGGCUUUCAGCCAGAGUUCAAAGCUUAUUAGACAUCAGAGAAUUCAUAGUGGGGAGAAACCAUAUGAAUGUAAUGAAUGUGGAAAAUCUUUUAGUCAGAUCUCAGUGCUUAUUAGGCAUCAGAGAAUACACACAGGAGAAAAUCCCUAUGCAUGUAAUGAAUGUGGGAAAGCUUUCAAUCAGAGCUCAGCCCUUACUCAGCAUCAGAGAAUUCACACUGGAGAGAAACCCUAUGAAUGUAAUGAAUGUAGGAAAACAUUUAGGCAUAGUUAUGACCUGAUCCGACAUCAAGUCAUUCAUACUGGAGAGAGACCCUUUUCCUGUAAUGAAUGUGGAAAAACCUUCAAACGAAAAUCAACGCUUAUCGAACACCAAAAUAUUCAUACUGGAGAGAAACCUUAUAGAUGUAACAAAUGUGGAAGAGCCUUCCGGCAGAACGCAGGCCUAAUUGAACAUCAGAAAAUUCAUACCGCUGAGAAACCCUACAAAUGUAAUGAAUGUGAAAAGGCUUUCAGUAAUAGUUCAAGCCUUCUUCAGCAUCAGAUUGCACACACUGGAGAAAAGCCCUACAAAUGUGAUGAAUGUGGGAAAGCUUUCAUAAAUAGCUCAAGUCUCCUUCGACAUCAGAAAAUUCAUACUGGAGAGAAACCAUAUAAAUGUAAUGACUGUGGGAAAGGUUUUAUAUGUAAUUCAUAUCUUGUUGAACAUAAAAGAAUUCAUACUGGAGAGAGACCAUAUAUAUGUAAAGAAUGUGGAAAAGCUUUCAGGCGGUCCUGGAACCUUACUGAGCAUCAGAGAAGUCAUAACUCAGAGAAAUCCUAUAGGUGUACUGAGUGUGGGAAAGCUUUCAAGAAUAGCUCAAGUCUUUUUCAUCAUCAAAGAAUCCAUAGUGGAGGGAAACCCUUUGCCUGUAAUGAAUGUGGUAUGGCUUUCAGGCGCAAAUCACGCCUUAUUGACCAUCAAAGGGUUCAUACUGGAGAAAAACCAUAUGAAUGUGAUAAAUGUAUGAAGAGUUUUAGUCACCGUUCACAACUUCUUGAACACAUGAGAACUCACACUGGGGAAAAGCACUACGAAUGUAAUCAGUGUGGGAAAUCCUUUACUAGGAAUUCAGGCCUUUUACGUCACCAGAAAAUACACACUGGAGAAAAACCAUAUGAAUGUAAUCAGUGUGGGAAAGCAUUUAGCAAUAGCUCAUGCCUAAUUGAACAUGAGAGAAUCCAUACCACAGAGAAACCUUAUAAAUGUAGUGAAUGUGGGAAAGCUUUCUGUAAGAAAUCAUACCUCACUGGACAUCAGGUAAUUCACUCUAAAGAGAAACCCUACAAAUGUAGUGAAUGUGGGAAAUCAUACAGUCGACGUUUUCGUCUUGUUGAACAUCAGAGAAUUCAUACUGGAGAGAAACCCUAUGAAUGUAGUGAAUGUGGGAAAGCUUUUAGUCGAAGUGCACUUUUUAUUAAACACCAGAUAAUUCAUACCAAAGAGAAGUCCUAUAUAUGUGAUCAAUGUGGCAAAGCUUUUAGUCUGAGAAAACAUCUUGUUCAACAUCAGAGAAUCCAUACUGAAGAGAAACCUUUCAAAUGCAAUGAAUGUGGGAAAGCCUUCAGGCACAAGUCAACUUUUCAUGACCAUCAGAAAACACACACUGGAGAUAAACCCUGUAAAUGUAAUGAAUGUGGGAAAUCUUUCAAUCGAAUCUUUCACCUUAUUGAACAUCAGCGAACUCAUACUAAAGAAAAACCUUAUGAGUGUAGUGAAUGCGGGAAAUCUUUCAGUCGAAGCUCAGUCUUUAUUAAGCACCAGAAAAUACAUACUAAGGAGAAACUAGAUUCAUGUAAUUAAUAUGGGAAAGCUUCAAGUUUAAUACCAAACUUUGUUCAGUAUUGAACAAUUAAUUUGUACCUGGAAAAAAAUGAAUAUGU